AUGCCCUUCAACUGCUCUACAAGCAAUUGCUCUUCCAGACCCAUUGGAGGACGCUACUCUAUGCCAGGGGCCCCUGCUGCCACAUCUUCUGCCCAGGAUGCCGACUGCCUGAGUGGCCUCUAUUUGCCCAGUUCCUUCCAAACUGGCUCUUGGCUCUUAGAUCACUGUCAGGAGACCAGUUGUGAGCCUGCUGUCUGCCAGCCUGCCUGUUACCAGAGGACAUCUUGCAUCUCCAGCCCUGUCCAAGUGACUUGCUCUCGACAGACUAGCUGUGUCUCCAAUCCCUGCUCAACGCCCUGCAGCCGGCCAGUCACCAUUGUCUCUGGUGGCUGCCGACCCCUGGGGGGCAUUUCCAGUCCCUGCCAACCAGUCGGGGCCGUCUCUACUACCUGCCAACCAGCGGGAGGGAUUCCCACCAUCUGCCAACCAGCCUGUGGGGUCUCCAGGACGUACCAGCAGUCCUGUGUGUCCAGCUACCGAAGACCUUGCUAA